CAGCUGCAAGGGCUGAGGGGAAUCCUGCCUGCCGGUCUCCUUGUUUCCCUGACCAGAGAUCCAGAAAAGCACCAUGGGCCGAAUCACAGAAGAUCUUAUUAGACGGAAUGCUGAGCACAACGACUGUGUAAUUUUUUCCCUGGAGGAACUCUCCUUGCAUCAGCAAGAAAUAGAAAGGCUAGAACAUAUUGACAAAUGGUGCCGGGACUUAAAAAUUCUCUAUCUUCAAAAUAACCUCAUUGGAAAAAUUGAAAAUGUUAGCAAACUGAAGAAACUUGAAUAUUUGAACUUAGCAUUGAACAACAUUGAAAGAAUUGAAAACUUGGAAGGAUGUGAGUGGCUGACAAAACUUGACUUGACUGUAAAUUUCAUUGGAGAACUGAGCAGCGUUAAAACCCUGACACACAAUAUUCAUCUGAAGGAGCUGUUCCUCAUGGGUAACCCAUGUGCUGACUUUGAUGGCUACAGGCAGUUUGUGGUGGUGACCUUGCAACAGUUAAAGUGGUUGGAUGGCAGAGAAAUAGAGCGUUCUGAAAGGAUCCAGGCAUUGCAGAACUACACAUCAGUUGAACAGCAAAUCAGAGAGCAAGAGAAAGCUUACUGCCUUAGACGAGCCAAAGAGAAAGAGGAAGCUCAGAGGAAACUCGAGGAAGAAAAUGAAAGAGAAGAGAAGAAGAAGAGCGGCCCAGGCUUUGAUGGGCAUUGGUACACAGACAUCCAUGAUGCUUGCCCUUCUGCCAUAGAGAACCAAGAUUAUCUCCAGGUACCAGAAACACAAGAAGAGCAACACAACACAAAGAAAUCAGAUGAAAUCGAAGAUGAUCUGGCAUUCUGGAACAAACCGUCUUUGUUCACCCCUGAAUCUAGACUGGAAACUCUCAGACACAUGGAAAAACAGCGAAAAGCCCAAGAUAAGUUAAGUGAAAAGAGAAAGAAAAUGAAACCACCCCGCACUUUGAUUACAGAAGAUGGGAAAGUCCUGAAUGUCAACGAAGCCAAACUUGAUUUCUCUUUGAAAGACGACGAGAAACACAACCAGAUCAUCCUGGACCUGGCUGUCUAUAGGUACAUGGAUACCUCUUUAAUUGAUGUUGAUGUGCAGCCGACUUAUGUUCGAGUAAUGGUCAAAGGAAAGCCAUUUCAACUUGCCCUUUCUACAGAGGUCCAGCCUGACAGCAGCUCUGCUAAAAGGUCCCAGACAACAGGACAUUUGCUGAUCUGCAUGCCCAAGGUUGGAGAAAUGAUCACAGGAGGUCAACGAACACCCACAUCAGUGAAAACGACCUCGGUGAGCAGCAGGGAACAAACAAACCCCAGAAGAAAGCAGAUAGAAAGAUUGGAGGUUGACCCCAGCAAGCAUUCCUGCCCUGAUGUGACUACCAUAGUACAAGAGAAAAGACAGAAACCCAAAAGAAUGGAAUCUCGACCCCGAGUGGGACCCAGUGAGGGAGACGCAGACUUGGAGGAUAACCCAGAGGUGCCUCCACUGAUUUGAUCCACAGACCCAUGUUGCUUGGUGUUGACAGUGGGUCUGUGUCA